AUGUACAACGACGACAAACGCUUUCUCGGGCGAAAUACCGUCGGUCCGUUUGGUGCAACGCCCAAUCCCGUCGGUAUCCUGCCCGAGGUGGCCACCGUCCGGGGCGAAAUGGAAAAAUGCUUCCCAUAUUCGAUUCUGUCGAAAAAGCAGCAACUGUUGCAAGCUGGCAGCACGUCCGGCAGCUCGACAGCUGUCAGACGGCCGCUUCACGUUCCAGCGAACUACUUGAACGCUCUGUUACCGAUGACGACGGUAUCUUCGGACGGAUCGCACCAUAAAGGACCUUCGAAAACCGCAAACCUAGAGGCUCGAUCGACGCCCCGCGGCACAUUUGAACCGUCACCAGAUGUGAACGGGUUCUACGGUAGCGCCAUGGUGACGGAUGUCGGCAUCUGUUUCAGCAUGAGUAACGUGAACCUGAACGGACACGCGCAGGUGAUGCCACUUCCGACCACCGGGUUGCCUCAACAACCCGCCCUGGAGGACAUGACAGGUCGGGUUCGUUUAUCGUCAUCCACCGGAAAUAGCAGCGCGCCACACGGAAGACGAAAAUCACACGAAGAUCCAGGUCCUGGAACAGCCCUUGUAAAUGCCCGUCGACGAGCGGCCGCUUUCGUGCCUGUAAUGGGCUCAGGAUCAGCUUGUACACUGCCUCCGAACCAUCCGACAGCUAACCCUCCUAGUCACCUGCAACAGCAACCCUUCGUGGCUCCGAUGGCCACAUUCGCCUUCCAGCAGCAGCAGCAACCUCCAGUGGCCAAUGUUGUCCACCAAGUGCACCAGCCAUUGGCACGGCAGCGAUCGCAUGUGUUCGCUGGAAAACCCGCCUAUGGAGUCGUCGCACGGUCGACCAGCUCGGAUCGGGUUCAUGGGACAGGAUCGCCUACCAGCGUGGGUCCUGCCCUAGGACUCGGUGCGGCCAGAUGUUCCCCGCCAUACUUUAAGCAGCCACCCGCCUCGUCUAAAUCGAACCCAACGGCCAACUUCUACAAACAGCCGGCUCACUUUCGACCACCACCACCAGAUGGCGGCACGUUUAUGCACCACAACGCCCUGCAAUAUGUGCCCUUGGCGAAUGGCGUCCACGCGGGUGCUGCGUCCUCGUACGAGUACUACCGGAUGGCGCUUGAGGCGGUUGAGUGCGCGGGAAAAUUGCCUGUUCCUCCGGCCCACGUGCCCGUCGCCCCGGGGACAACUUCUCUGCUCGAACCGGUGGUCGGAACACCUUCGCCGGAUGCUGUGCAAACCGGAAUUGGACCACCAACGGCCACACUGGACUAUCACGGUCUCCGGCAGGUGAUUCUGAACUGCUGCUACAACGAGGUGAAGCUGUUACCACCGGCGAUGACGUCGACACCGACGGGUUCCACCGUCACGAGCCAAUCCGCCGACUCGCCGGCCAAUUCGGACGAGUUUGAAUCGGAACCCGCCAUCGCGCCAGCGUUUAACAGCACCUGUACGGGUCCGUUUCCGCGGAUCAUCCAAUCUUGUCCGACCUCCCCGAACGGUGGGUCACUUCCGACGUCCGCCGGGAGGUCCCUUGAGGGUGAUGGAACGCUUCCUACGAAACGUGAUCGACGAGACAGCGGACUCGUCCGCCCGAUGGAGGUGUGCAGCGACGCUGGUGAGAUGAACCACGGCGUCGAGUUGGUGCCAGAUGACGAGCCAAAGGACUUCAGCAUGAAAUCGUCAUCGUUAGAGAGCGCAGGAACGGUGGUUGUGGGUGGUUUUGGUGGCGAAAAGCGACCACCGGUCGAUCGAGACGAUGCAAUCGGUGGCGAUUCAGGUGUGGGUGUCAGUGAGCAGCAACGAGUGAAACCGUGCGAGGAUCACCGCAGACGAGACCUGAAGGCGGCACCGAAGAAGAAAUGGAUACGCCACUACAUGAAGGAUGAGCCACUCACAAAUGGCCAUUCCACGGCACCGCCGCUGGUUGUUAUUGCGACAAAUGGAACGCAACACCACACGAAACAUCUCACCGUCAAUCACGUACCGGUGCGUGUGGCCACCACCACCAACACAUCCCCGAUGACGAUCGAUCUGUCGACGAAAAGUCUAAAUCACCAGCAAAAUGCACCCUAUCAGUUGCAACCCGCCACGGUGCAACCAAUGCAUGGGCUCUCGACGAGUCCCCCGGUUCCGUCGUCUCUGGCAUUGCUGAGCUCAUCCUCUUCCUCGUCGUCAUUCUCAUCGUCGUCAUCAUCAUCGUCAUCCUCGUCGUCGUCAUCAUCGUCGUCCUCGUCGUCGACGCUGGCCGUCUCCCCGAUCGAGGAUUCCCAGUCGUCGCUGAUCGUCACCAACGGUUCCAGCACGAACGGUUUCGUCAAUAGUCACAGUGCCAACAGCAACGCUACCACCGCCAACGUAGGGGUCACCGGUGUAUCGACCACCUUACCACCUGGAUUGACCGGUACCUUACCCAUCAGCAUCAGCGGUGUGCUGCAGGCUGUUGCAGCGGCCGCAUCGGGCAGCUCACCCAACGGCACUAACGCUAUCGGGGCGACAAGCCUUCAACAGGGAGCUCAGAGUUUGCCACAACUGUUAGAACUGCAGCAACAGGUUGCGGCUGGGUUGUCGGUGGCGUCUGUCCAUUCGCCGAGUGCCGGUGGAGCGGGGGCCCUUUUCGCCAACAUCCCUACCGGCACGCGCCGAAGAACGACCAGUUCCAACAGCAACGGCGUUGGUACGCGAGAAGUACACAACAAGCUCGAAAAGAACCGACGGGCCCACCUGAAGGAGUGCUUUGAGACGCUGAAGAAACAGCUGAGCCUGCAACCGGAUGAAAAGAAGAUCUCCAACCUGUCCAUUCUGCAUGCAGCCAUCCGGCAUAUUCAGUUACUAAAGCGCAAGGAGCGUGAGUUCGAGCAUGAGAUGGAGCGAUUAGCGAAGGAGAAAAUUGCGUCACAGAACCGGAUCCUGGUGCUGAAGCGUGAGCUCACGCAGAUGGGUGAUAUCGACGUGUCCCGGCUGGCACCGGACACCGAUAUUACGCCGAAUUCUACGAGUGAAACGGGAGCCAGUCUCAAUCUGGCCGCUGCCUGUACCCAGGCCGAACGAGAUCAAUUAACCGAAAGCAACGGAUCAAUCGGAUCGGGUAGGAACGGGAUUCGGUACAGUUCGAGCAGCUCCUUGUCCAGUGUCGCAACGAAUGCCUCCAUCAGCACUCUGCCGCUUCAGACGACGAUCUCCCCAGUGCUGUCCGUUUCGUCCCCGACGCGCGGCAGCCCGGCACUGAAUCGCGCCUCGACGUCUCCUCCAUCGUCGCUGUCUUCGUCCUCGCCGUCCUCGUCGACCUCGUCUAGCCUGUCGCUGUCGGCUGUUGCAACGAACCUGAUGGCUCCACUCUCGCUUACCACCAAGGGUGGCAGUUCCGAAGCGCACAACGGAGGCCAGCCAGCAGCGCUCAAGUUCACCACAGCACCGUUGAACGGGCUGAAUCUGACCAAUUCCGGGCUGACCAUGGUUAACGGUGCGAGUGUCAACGGAACGAGUGUCACGUUGAACGGAACGACCACUGCGACCACCGCCCCAUUACCAGUUAUCGUUGGUUCGAACGUGGGCUCGAACAUUGUGGGCAUUACGCACUCGCAGUUGCUGACAACGACCACCGCGGGUGGCUCGCCUGCCAUUCAGACCAUCCCGCUGAACCUGAACGUUACGUCCGGUACGCUAAGCGCCAACGGACUGACCGGAAGCGGUCCCACCUCGAUCGCCAUUACGACCAGCAACUCGGGUGCGAUAAACCUCCCCACGCAAGCCCUGCAACUGAUCACGACGAAUGGGAGCAGUGCCAACGGGCCCAGCAUCACGACGACCGUCGGUGGCACGGCGGUUCGGUCGGUGUAUAACGCGGCCGCCUUUGCGGCUGGCACGACGACCAUCGCCGCAACACUCCCGACGACGGUGACCACGACUGCGGCGGUACACGCGCUUGCCGCUGGCGGCAAAGAACUGAUCAACGGUACGAUCGGCAAGAACGGUACCGUACGGACUGAUAAUAGUAAGCUUGAGAUUAUCGCAACACAACCGCAACCCACCAACCACCACAGUACGGCCGUUGGCGCCACGGCGGCACUCGACCCACCGGGAACGAAGGUUAUUACGAUCAUGAAUGGUAACACGUUCGCACUGGCCCCGCUGGACAAGGACAGCAAGAUGGGCGUUGUUUACAGCCCGAUCCUUCUACCGACCCCACAAGGGCUGCGCGUGAUACAGCAGGGCUCGAACGGUUUGCCCACGAUCGAGCUUGCAUCGCAAAAUGGCGGCAACCGUCUACAGCUGCAUUUAACUCACUGA